AAGAAUCAUCCCGCGGUCCAAGACAUUUGAGUUUUUCUGCAAAAUUCACCAUGUCUCCCACCGGCUGCCGCCCCUCGAUCGACCGCGGCGGGGACGACGACCCGCGAGGGGAAGAGUCGUUCGUCAACGCGCCUGUCCAGCCCCACCCGCGACGCCACCGCCUACUCCUUCUGCUGCCACGCAGCGGUCUUCUUCAGCCCGCCGACGAGCCCCGCCCGCGGCGCUGGCAUGGGCCUGGACUUCGACUUCUCGGCCCGCUUCCCGUCGCCCUCCGCUGCAGCCAUGUCCUCCGCCGACGAGCUCUUCCACAACGGGCAGAUCCGACCCGUGCCCCGCCUCUCCGCCAUCCUGCUCCAGCACCACCAGCAACACGCUUCCAUGGCGGCCUCCUCCUCGCCUCCGCUGGUGGCAGUGGAGUCCGUGGAUGCUUCCGGCGAGCGGGAGCACUGGCGCGUGCGGGGUGGCGGCGGCAUGGAUUUGUUCCCGCCACAGUCGGAGGAAUUCUUUGCUUGGUUAGGGAAGGAAAAGAACUCUCCAUGCCUGCGCAUCCCAUCCCUCCUGUCCGUGAAGGAAGUAAGUUUCUUCUAGAUAGUGCUUGCUUGGUUCGCAUUUCAUUACAAAAUCUGCCGCUUUGUGUACAGUCUCUGAUAUCUUAAGGACAUGGCGAAAAACACUGUGUUUUGAAGAGAUAACGCCCAUUCAGGAUGAAGCAUCCAUCUAAUGUGGAAAGCAUGCAAACAAUUUCAAGCAAUCAUACUUAGUUUGUUCAGCAACAACAUAUGCCAUAAACUGACUAAGUUUAUCCACGUUUGUUGUGCAUUUAGUCAUUAUCGAUGUAUAUUCUUUUAGGAGCUGUGGGUAGAGUUAUAGGAGCCCAAGUUUGUUUUGACAAGGAUUUAUUUUCAAAAGACCGUGACAACACAUGGACAUUGAACUAGUUAUAUAUGAUGAAUUUUGGGGUUGGGCUACUCAAGGAAGCCGGAUGAAAAUCGAGUUCUUUUCGACUUUACCCGGUGGACUUAGAAGCUGUCCUAGAAGUCAGAAAGAAUUGGACCUAAGAAAAUGUGGUGAUGUC